UGAAAGCGGAAGUGGCUUGCGCCACUUCCGUCCCGCCCCCCUCCGGCAUCGCGCUGCCGUAGCCGCUCGCUGGCUGUGGGGCUGUGACUCGCGUCGUUUUCUGCCCAGUUUGUUCCCGGGCUUGUUGCGAGUGGGGUGGGACAGGGUAGAGCGUGAUCCUAAAACUAAGAAAGUGGGACAGAGCCCUUCCGCCGACUUGCUCAUUCAUGCCAUUUAUUCAACAGUUUUUUUUGCUGAGGUCCGUCUGUAGUCCAGGAGUGAACAAGAUGCUGAGGGCUAACCUGAGGAAGACAGAAAACAAACUAAUCAACCAAGAUAAUUUCAGAUUAUCCUUUAAGGAAAAUAGAUCAGGGUAAUGUGAUGGGGAGCGACUAGGGACAGUGAGAGCUAGGUUAGAUAGUAAGGAACGCUCUUUGACGAGUGACAGUUGAGUUCUAAAUGAAAAGGGUGAACAAAAAUCGAUGGAAGAGUGUUCCAGGCUGGGAGCAAAUCCAGAAGCCCUGAACUUGGUUGCUGGAGGAACUGAAACUCCCGCCAGGGUAGCGGGAGCAUCGUGAGUGACGGGGACAGAGCGCGGCGCCCAGAAGACGCUCUCAGGAACCAGAGGGGCUUAUGUAGGUCUUACUGCUCCUUGCAACGAGGGGGCUGCGCGAGGUGGGGGCGCCUCGCUCCGGAGGGAGCCCGGCGUCCGGUGUCCACCCCGGCGUCCGGGUGGUGCGUCCCGGGACUGGCAGAGGGCCCCUCGGAGUUCCGCACCGGCCCCCCACCUGAGAAGCGCGCUGGAUCCAGCCGGCUGGCCGACUCCCCGUGACCCCCAGGAUGCCAGAAGCCAGGACCUCCCGCCACGACCCCACGCGAUGGAAGAAGAAGCCGCCGGUGCGCCGCACGGUCAGCCAGAUCUGCCCACCCCCGCGGCGGCCCCUGACCGUGGCCGACAUCCAACCGGGCAUGGAGAACGAGAGGCUGGGGGUCGUGCGAGAUUCCAUGUUUCAGAACCCGCUCAUCGUCAAGGCUGAACUUGGGAAGCCCCGGGAAAGAAGCUGCAGUCUGCCUGGAAUUAAUUUUAAUUACGGACUCUACAUCCGGGGGCAGGAUGGAGGGGUCCCUGAAGCCAUUGGACACUGGAAUGUAUUUAAACAGCAGCCUACCUGCCCCCAUGAGCUGAACCGGAAUUAUAUCGCCAUGAACCGUGGGGCAGUAAAAGCUGGCCUGGUAACUGCCCGGGAGAAUUUCCAUUACCGUCAGCUCAAUGACAUCCGCAUCAGUGACCAGGAUGACCGGCGCCUCAAGAAGGAACCGCCCUCUCUCCCUCCGAAUAUGACGUUCGGGAUCCGGGCACGGCCUUCCACCCCCUUCUUUGAUCUGCUGCAGCAUCGGUACCAGCAGCUAUGGGUGCAGGAACAAAAGGCCAACCAGAAAGCCAUCAAACUGGAGAAAAAGCAUAAGGUGAUCCUUGGGAAACUGUAUGAGACCCGGAGCAGUCAGCUGAGGAAGUACAAGCCGCCUGUGAAGCUGGACGCCCUCUGGCACGUGCCCCACUUCCAGAAGGUGGGUGCCCGUCUCGAUACCUUCCCCACCGAGGCCCAUCGCCAGAGAGCCUUCAAAGCCAACCGGGAAGAGUGUGCCGUGCGCCAGGGAACCCUGCGGAUGGGCAACUACACCCACCCCUAAAGCCUUCUCGACACAGUAGAAAAUUCCCUGAAGGACUCACCUUUCUUGCCCCAACUAACAUAAGACAGUCCCCCAUUGUUCUGCGGCUCUGCCUCGGCCAGAACCUCAGAUUCAGGUCUUAGUUUGAUCGUUUUUGGUAAGAGCCCCCUCUUUAGUUAGCCACACUCGCUUCCCUUAAGCCCCAGUGACCCUCCACUUAGGGACCGCCCUCCUCCUGCAGGCCCCCCACCCUCUCUUCUCAAGCCCUCACCUGAUAAGAGAAACCCAAAAUCCAAGGCAGAUUUUAGACUCCAGGCUAAGGGGCGAUUCUGAGGCUCUGCCCUCAAGUGUUAAGAACAACGCAUGUAUUUGCUGCAGAAAGCGUGACAGCGCCGUGCUUCGAAAGCCCUCCUUUCAUAUUCCAAACAUGAGUUUUAAUGGUUCCUUUUGGGAUUCCUGAUAUCUCUCCACGGCAAUACCAUCUCUCUGGGACCUUUGAGGGCAGGAAGAGCCCACGUUCCUUACUCAGAGCGGCCCUCACCUCCUCAGUGCUGGGCCCAGAUGGGCUCCUCCACAGGCACUGACCUUGGAAGGUCACCCCACCCCCUCCCAAAAGAGAGAGACUUCCGGGGCUGAAAGCACCCAGGCUGGGGCACUUUGCACCUCAAUCUUUCUGCAGGUCCUUUGGCUUCUCCCCACAAAUUAGA